UCGCAGAGCCCUUGUCCUUCAUGUACAACGGCACCUGUACAAUGGUGGACCAAUCAGCAACUUCCUACUGCACCGUUAAGGAGACGCACCGUUUCACCUUGACUUGCGCAGCCUCCAAGUUUUUAUUUAAUUCCGUCGAGCUUUGGUUCUCGCCCACAGACAAGGGAGUGUUUGAUGGAGAAGGAAAAGAAAUUGGUACAUUUGAUUCGUCUCCUCAUGACCAUAUUAGUACCUUUGACGUUGCAAACGCCAGCAGAAGUCAUCAGGGGAGAUACGAUUGCAUUGGAGUCCUGGCCGAAAUAUUUCCAAAGAAAAUGAUAUUCUUUGCUAACAGACUUUAUGAGAAAAAGAGAUUCAUUUAUCUCGAUGUUCUCAAGGAAAGAAGAAACAUGCUGCUAAAAGGCGACAAGAAAGAUGCGAUGGUCGGAGAUGCUUUCACUUUCGAUUGUUCCUACUUCGACCCACCUCCCAAAGACAUCACCUGGACAAAAGAUGGUCAGCCUCUUCCCAGUAAUUUCAGUGAAUUCAGGGAGAACAGCCAGACCAUGACGAUCCCCCACCUAGAUCCCACAAUCCACACGGGACAUUAUGUAUGCGAGACUGAAAGGUGGGGCAGAUCUGUAAGAGGAUCUCUCACUCUACAUGUGCAACAAGGGGAAGUAUCCAGCAAAACCCUUCAAGUUACCAUAGGUAUCGUUGUACCCUUCCUCAUGGUGGUAGUUCUCGUGUUGUUACGAAAAGUGAGACGAGAUUUCCUAAAGAGACGAGAGACAGAAAAGAAUCUGGCUUUCCUCUUCCAGAAAGGACGGCCCAAUGAACUGAACCCAAACUGCACAGCUGACGGACAAGCCGAGCUCCUUCCUUAUGACCACAAAUGGGAAGUUUCUAGGGACCGAAUACAAUUGGGCCAGCAACUUGGAGCCGGCGCCUUUGGCCGUGUAGUCAAAGCCACAGUAUCGAACCUGGAGCCUGGGAUACCAAAAACAGCUGUUGCACUCAAAAUGUGCAAGAUGCAAGCAGAUAAUACCCAGAUCACUGCACUGACCCAAGAACUGAAAAUUAUGAUUCACAUCGGAAAGCAUCUUAACAUUGUCAAUCUUAUGGGUGCUUACACUGAUAAUGUGGGCAAAGGAGAGCUAUGGAUUCUUGUUGAGUUCUGCCGAUAUGGCAGCCUUCUCCCAUUCCUUCACUGUCAUCGGGUUAAUUUUGAGGACGUCAUCGACCCCAUCACUGAUUUGGUCAACUUUAGUGGAAGAGAUGGUAAAGACAGCAUUUCCCCAUUCUCGCCCAUUCUCAAAUCUCCAGAAUUAGUCAAAUCUUCCAGUGACCCUCAGUCUGUCCAGACAGCUUCACCCACCAUGUAUACCAGUACAAGGCCAUGUGAGAUUUUAUUGGAGUCCCCAGCAUCCCCUAAAGUUCUCUUCUCAUCCUCAAAACCCCCCAAUGAGGACAUGAGGGAUAGACAAUGCCAGGCAAGUUCUCCCAGGAUCUUUCGACUUGGGAAUUCCCUGCCCAGCAAAAUGAAGAUGGUACAGAAUCCUUCCUACCAGACGGUUCCAGCUGUGGAGAGCACAGCAGCACCCGAAGAAGCAGGAUCAGAAGACCAAAGCAAGAAGGAGCAGUCGUUAAAAGUGCUCGACUCCCAGGGAAACUAUUGUAAGAGCACAAUUCCCGGAGUGACGUCAUCUUUCACGACUAUCGACCUUAUUUGUUGGGCUUGGCAAGUGGCUGAGGGCAUGGACUAUUUGACCCGCAGAAAGGUUUUACAUGGAGAUUUAGCAGCAAGAAACCUGCUUCUGGCUGAGGCCAAUGUUGUGAAGAUCAGCGACUUUGGACUCUCAAGAGACAUCUAUAAAGACGACAUCUACCUUAAACAAACCAAUGAUCUCUUGCCAGUGAAGUGGAUGUCAAUUGAAGCCAUCCGUGACAAGAUGUUUUCCAUCCAGAGCGACGUCUGGUCUUUUGGAGUGACUCUAUGGGAACUCUUCAGUUUGGGGUCUACUCCAUAUCCAGGGGUCAAAAUUGACCGCACAUUCUUACUGAGUCUACAGGAUGGGUACCGAAUGGAGAAACCUGAAUACGCAAACAAUGACCUAUACAAAAUCAUGUGCCAAUGCUGGGAGAGCGUCCCUCAAGAUCGGCCUUCCUUUCGACAUUUGGCCGACAAACUCAGCAAGUUGUUGAUGCCUGAGACUACUCAGUACUUCAACAUCAAGAAUGGAGAGUACCUGAACAUGAAUAAGGAGCGUUUCAAGCAAGAGACAGAUUACUUGGAGAUGGUGGCAUCACCUGACAUCAGGCACAUCACCAGAGAUGGAGAGUCGAAAUGUGAGGACGGUGUACAUGGGACAGGAAAAACGAACCAUGAUCCUCAGAUGCUUACUGAAAGCACAACAGCUGAUCCAGACCAGAGGACAGGAUAUCUUCCUAUGUCAUCAGGCACACGCUCCCCUAGGUCUUCCUCCGACAUAUUCAGCCCGAAAAUGAAUAUGUGAUCACUUCUGAUGAAGAGGCUCCAAGGAGAAGAUCGAAUUCUACUCGAAACUUUACAGAGGUAUACAACAACUUUAUCUAAUUUCCGAAUUAUUCAUCAAACACUCAAGAGGUCAAACAAGGUUGACCAAUUCCACGACUGAAAAGAAUUAAUUCAGUGUGGCAUUCUUAAAAAAACACUCAGAAGGUCAAACAAGGUCGACUAAUUCCACGACUAGAACGAAUUACUUUCUUUAAAAGAAAAAAAACAAACAAACACACACACACACACACACACAUGGCUACAUAAGUAGCAGCUUUGGAUGCUUUAUCAUUCCAUCAUCGCUUUCAUAAAUGAUAAUGAAAAGUUUGUCAACAUUUACUCUAGUUUAAUUUGCGAGCGCUCUGUCCUUACAAGCACCAUUCAAUUGUUCUUUAUGUAAACCAAAUCUGACUCUAGUUUGGCAGUUUGCAUCCCACGAGCAGGUUCAGUGUACUGAGUUAAUCUGUUAAUAGAACUGACAGAAGUAAUGAACAUAUGAGAUUAUUUAUAUCUGAUGAAUAUAAUUUAAUUUCGAUAAUAUGAAUACUGUUUAUUAUAGACAGUUAUGUAACUACUGCCAGGAACAUGUAAUAUUAAAUAAGGAUUAUACCCAAAUGAAGGACAAAGGUUCUUAUUUUUUUCAUCUAUGAUUUUAUUAGGCAUGUAACCUACCACUUCAUGUUCAGCAUAUUUCGAGGAUAGACUGACUAAUUUGUCCCUUUAGAUGUGCUUCUCAUAUUUGCCAAAGGUUAUUAGACAAACAUUCCAUUGCAUUUACUAUAAGUACUGAAGACUGAAUACAGGUGAUUAAGUUGUGAUGAUUUAUAAUUACGGUGAUUUUGCUUUUCACACUGCUGACUGAUUUAUGAAGUUGGGCUAUAAAGCCAAGCAUACUGCGGUCAUUAUCAGUUGUAUCAUUUUGUUUGUUACUCUAAUUUAUGAAUUAUUUCUAAUUGUCAAUCAAAACUGUAUUUUUUCAAGUGCAUAGCAAGUAAAAAAAUAAGAUGC